AUGAGUCGUGUCUUAAGAUCUAGUAUCAGAGAAAAUAAGUCAGAACAAGUCGUACCUCGGAAACAACGAAGUGAAAGAGUUUUUUCUGUAAUCCCCUCAGUAUCUUCCAGCUCAACGGAAACUCCAGGAAGUCGUCUCACUCAGCGAAGACGACCGAGUCCCCCUGAUUCUUGUAGAAACGUAGCAUCUAUCGGUUGUGAAUCUUUUAACUUAAGAGAUCAAGGCAAUAUAUCGGAUAAAUCGAAUACUUCCCUUGACGAUCCAAAAGAAACCCAUCCACCUGUGGUAUUUGAUUCACAUAUUACACAAUGUAAGGUCAAUUCCUCAGCCAACUCUGCAACUCAGGUUGCAGAAUCUAGUCCACUGAUCGUUGGAAGAGCAAAUGAGAUCAGUCGUUUGACAUCUCUGAUUCAGUCUUGUAUAGACACGAAGAAAAGUGCUAGUUUCUAUGUAAGUGGGGCCCCAGGAACUGGAAAAACAGCAGUUGUUCUGAAUGUUGUUCAAAAUUUUAAAACGUUUGGCAGAUGUAAUACUGCUGUGAUUAAUUGUAUGCAAUUAACGUCAUGUGCAGAUAUUUUUGGACGAAUAUCUACCGUUUUAGAAGCUCACAAUGGCAAGGAAAAUAAUUCUAUUAGCGAUGCUGAUUCAUUGGAAUGCUUUUUGAAUCAACAACCACAAAAAAAGACCAUUAUCCUAGUUCUAGAUGAAGUGGAUCAGUUAUCUACGCGUAGUCAGAAGUUACUCUACAGAAUUUUCGAAUGGCCAUCAAAACUUACUUGUCACACCAUUGUUAUUGGAGUAGCAAAUGCCUUAGAUUUACCAGAACGUUUGCUGUCACGUUUGAAAUCAAAAGUUUACAAACCUAUUCAUAUUAUAUUUCAACCAUAUUCACAAUCUGAGCUUGCUGAAAUUGUCCAAGCUCAUUUAUCCAAAUCAUCAAGUCGUGGACCAUGUAUAGAAGCUCUUGCUAUACAACUAUGUUCUAGAAAAAUUGCUGCUUCUACAGGGGAUGCACGUACUGCACUAGAUAUAUGUCGCAGGGCGAUUGAUUUAGCCCAUCAAGAUGCUCGGAUGAAAAACAUAUCUGACGCGUUUAUUCCUCAAAAGGUGGCGGCUGAUUCUCACAUCACACCUUCCAUCCAGCAUAUAAGUAGGGCUUUAAAGGAAUCUCAGGUUGAUUCUCCUCUUCCUGUUAAAUCGUUUACUGGCGUUAAUACAUUUACCACUAAUGGCUCUGAGCUGCCAUUACACCAUAAACUUCUACUGGCUAGCUGUCUUCUGUUAAGAAAACAAAAAGGUUUACGUGAAUUAUCGUUUAGCCUACUUUACGAUACGUACAUUCUUAUAUGUAAGAAAAAACAAAUUACAAGUUUAAAUGAAUCUGAACUCUCCGCUGUAUGCGAUCUUCUUGAUUCUCGUGGAUUUAUUCAACUUACUGGUCCGCGUUACUCAGUUAAAGCUACAGUGGGUACACCAGCACGUUUAAGACGUAUCCGAUUACGUUUAGAUGAUUGUGGUGUCCAACAAGCUUUGAUGGACGAUUUCCUGCUGUCAUCAGUAAUGGAUAUAAAAUUACAAAAGUAA